AUGCCACGUGGCAUCGUGCUCACAAACGGAUCGCCAGGCGCCGGAAUGGUCUAUAAUAUGGUGCUGAUUUUUGAGGACAACUAUUUGUCAGUCCGCGACUUCAAACUGAUCGCUGUCAACAAACAGAAGACCAAGAAACAGAUUAAACAGACGCCACGAGGACCCAAAGAAAUCGAACGACUCGUUGAUGCAGACUUGCUCUAUGGACAAACGCUGGCAUGGGAUGAGUAUGAUGAGCAGAAUCGGAAAGUUGAGUUCGUCUAUGACUACGCCCGUGUCCAACCAGUCUACCCGUGCCGUAUUAGUGAAGGAAAAACGCAACUUCUAUUGCACGGCAUCAUGUCCAGGAAUCGGAAAGUUCUAUGGAUGUGCAAUAUUUGGCCAGAUUUGGAGAUUCCAUACCGAAUCCAACAUGACGCCCAUCCAAAUGUAGUCGUCAACGCCUGGGUUACUGUACAAAUCGAAGCGGACCACUCGCUGACCUACGAGCUUCACUCGUUCCACGACACAGCAGAUUCCUUCCAACACUGUGUAAAAGAUGCGAAAUGGAAUGAGGGGAUUCAAGGAUUCCUUCAACAGCAGGUGGAUCCACUGGAUAACACUCCAAUGGCGCCAGAAUUCGUUCAACCGAUCUCUGAUAUGCUCACUGGAAUGAAGGGAUAUGUGCUGUCGAAAAAAAUUGUGAUUGCUUAUGAGGAGAAGCAUAAGGAUGUGUGUUUUCAUCGAAUUGUGAUCAGGGAUGGAGAUCGGUAUCCGGCGAUUGGAACAUAUGUGACAUUCAAAGCCGACCGUCUGGACUAUCUCAAUAUUUAUGCUAUCAAAGAAGUCACCCCGGCAGGUGGAGAGUCAAAUUUGCCGGUGACCAAAAACGGAUUGGUCCAAGUAAGCAUCUCCAAAACCGACCACGAUGGUUUCUACUAUGCAAAAGCCUUGAAAUGCUACGUGGAUGACCCAGAGAAUCAUUUGGAGGCGUGGCUUAUCUCGAAGUACAGUAAUAGCACUCUUCGUGUUGGAAUCACAGCUGCUGAGCCAUCGGCAAAAGGAAAUCCGCGUUUUGUGGUUGGAGAAAUUACGGAUGGACGGCUUCAGAAGAUUGAGGAAUUUAAGAAGAGUGACGAAUACAGAUUGAAGGAUGAGCCGGGAAUUGUGGUGGAUUUCGUGGGAACUAUUCAUGCGCCGCGGUUGCCCAAAAGCAAUUUUAGAAUCUCCGCAAUCCAACGUGAAUUCUUUCCACCGGGCACCCAGAUCUUCUUCUCCGCAAAACGUGCCUCUCGUCGUUGGACCAUCGAAUCCAUUAGAGUCAACGAGAGAACGCCAACAAUUCGAGCAGUGAUUGUGAGAAAUGUAGAAACGGAAAAGGCGGCGAUCUGGUUCCAUGUCCCUCGUGCUCGUGGCUGUAAAGAGCUCCCAUUCCUGCUGAACUCCCCUCAAUUCGGACUCCUCCAAACCCCGAACAUCUUCAGAAUCCGCCGCCAACCCGAUCAUUUCACAUUUGAGAAUAUAUGGAUCAGUCUGAACGAUUGCCAUCCAGGGGAAGCCAUCAAGCCAUUCGCAAAGUUCAAGUACGCAGCAAUGGAUGAUAUUGAAGCGAUUUCUCAGCCAAUCCCAACGGUGAUCAUCAAUUGUGUCACACCGGACUAUCCGGAGCUCAGUGAUUUGGAAUCGCAGAAAUCGGAGGUGGAGGAUGUGGAUGAGGUGCUUUGGGAGCAACAGAAGUAUAAUGAGACAGAUGUGCCCGAAGUUUAUGAUGCUAUGGGGGAGGACCAGUAUCAGAGUCAACAAGAGAAAUACAAAGGCGUCAGCGUAUACCAAAUGCUUCACGACCUCCAAACAUCUCCAGAAUGGCGUCGUAGCCCAUCGGAGUGCAUCGUCCAACUCAUCACAGAGCACUUAUCGAAAUGCACCGCCUGUUCCCAGCACCAGUUCUCCUACGAUUGCUAUUUCAACGAAUUCCUUGCCAACGUGCUUCAAAUUCAACCUAAUAUCGCCCCUGAUCUCAAACAGGACAUUGUUUCGAUGAUCGCCACGAGAAGAUAUCAGAGAUAA